AUGACGCCGGAGAGGAAUGGUGAUAUGCCGCGGCGACAGCUGCUGGUGGCUGAGUCGUCGCAACAGCCUACUCCGGCCGAGUUCAAGGGGACGCCGGGAUCGAUAAUUCACACAAUACUGGCACUUGUAUUGUGGUUGGGGUCCGUUCACUUCAACAUCAUCGUUGUCUUGGCUUCCUUCAUCUUCCUCUCUUUUACUAAGGCUCUCAUGGUCAUAGGAUUGCUUGUGAUAUUAAUGGUAGUUCCAAUUGAUGGUAGGAGCAAAUGGGGACGAAAAUUAGCGAGGUAUAUAUGUAAGCAUGCGGUUGGUUAUUUUCCAGUGAAUUUGUAUGUAGAGGACAUCAAAGCCUUCGAUCCUAAUGAGGCCUAUGUUUUUGGCUAUGAGCCACAUUCAGUUUGGCCGAUUGGAGUUGUUUCUCUGGCUGACCUAACAGGUUUCUUGCCUCUCCAAAAAAUCAAGGUUCUCGCUAGUACUGCUGUGUUCUACACACCAUUCCUGAGGCAUAUAUGGUCGUGGUUGGGCUUGACACCAGCAACGAGGAAGAAUUUUACUUCUCUUUUGGCAUCAGGUUAUAGCUGUAUUAUAGUGCCAGGGGGAGUUAAGGAGGCAUUUUAUAUGGAGCAUGGUUCUGAGAUUGCCUAUCUUAAAACAAGAAGAGGGUUUGUGCGAAUUGCUAUGGAGAUGGGCAAACCUCUGGUUCCAGUUUUCUGCUUUGGCCAGACUGAUGUCUACAAGUGGUGGAAGCCUAGUGGGAAGCUGUACUUGGAAUUCUCUAGAGCAUUAAAGUUCACACCAAUUUUUUUCUGGGGUGUACUAGGUUCUCCUCUACCGCUUAGGCAUCCGAUGCACGUGGUGGUUGGUCGUCCCAUUGUGCCAAAGAGAAACCCACAACCUACUGUUGAAGAGGUUGCUGAAGUUCAUGGGCAGUUUGUCGAAGCACUUCAAGAUCUUUUUGAUAGGCACAAGGCAAGGGUUGGUUACGCUGAUAUGCAGCUGAAAGUUCUAUAA